AUGGCGACAGAUCCGGCAGAAACUUCAACAGGAUUGCCGGUACGAUGCAACGCUGCUGAUGCAGAUGAGCCUUCAACUAGAGAGUCGGAGUGGGCAACCACUUCAUGUGGAACAGCAUUCUCCGGAUUCGCCGGGGUCAAAAAGACCUCGACCAUGAUGUCAUCCCCAGAAUCGACGUGGGAGUUCUCAGGAAGAUUCAGGACGGAGCAGAGCGAGAACUCAAGCAUGUCAAUGUCCGGGCCUUCACCGAUGUCUGGGCCUUCACCGACGGCAAAAGAGCUUCUCACGGAGGUUGACCCAGAGAUUCUUCGUGGUGUGCGGCUUGACGUCGCUCUGCAGGGUCUUGGACGACACCUGCAUCCACCAGAUUCUGGAAUGUUUCAUGUGGAUCCGAAGAACUAUGCGCUGAGUCGAAAGACUGCCAAGUUUCAUGCCUUCCUCAGCCACGACUGGGCAUCAUCCAGAUGGAUGAAGGUGAUUGCGCUUCUAAUUGCCUUCAAUGCUCGCGCAGCCUCGAUCACCACAACUAUCGUCAGUGUGCUGACAGGACUUCUGUGUGCUGUCGGGGUAUUCCCCUCUGAUAUGUGGAUUGCUGCCCUGCCGCAUGCCACAUUCUGGCUUGUGUUCCUAUUCUGGCAGCGGAUCAGAAGCUUCGUGGGUUUUCCAGUUGUGGUUUUCUUGGACAAGCUCUGCAUUGCACAGCAUGACGAGAACCUCAAAGAGAAGGGGGUACUGGGACUGGCAGCGUUCCUGGACCGCUCGGAUGAACUGACCAUUCUUUGGUCCAAGCACUACUUCCGCCGGCUUUGGUGCAGCUUUGAGCUUGCAACGUUUAUGAAGGACAGUGACAAGCAUGCGCAUAUUCGGCUGGUGCCGCUGAAGAUGGGGGUCUUGAUGGCACUCAUGUCACAUUUCGCAGUGAUCGCGGCGGCCGUUUUCUACGCUUCGCUAGACAUUGAAAGUGGUCACAUUGGACGCCAUCUCAAGGUGGGGAGCCUGGUGGCUGCAGCCGUCGUUGCAAUCUUUCCUGCGCUCAAUUAUAUUGGCAUGGGUCUCAUGCAGGAACUGGAGGACUUGCCCCGCCAGGUGUGCAACUUUCGGGUCCAGCAAUGCGAGUGCUACUGCUGCCUGAAUCACCACAGACAUCCGGAUACGGGGGCAGAAAUUCACUGUGAUCGUGCCGCUGUUGGGCAGAUGCUUCAGCAGUGGUUUGGGCGACCAGGUGAUGUCGGCGAGGAGUACUGUAGACGCUUCAAUCGUCUCGUGCGUCAUCGCUUGGGCCCCCAAAUCCUCGGCUCUGUUGGAAGUGAUGCCCUGCCAAUCUCCUACGUGCUCUACGUGGUUUGUUGCAGUAAUGUUCCCUGGCUGUCUACAGUCAUUGCCCGUAUUGCAGCAGGACCGGCUGCAGCCGGGAUCGAUUCACGCUUCUGGGGCGUCCGGAUUUUCCUUGAAUGGGCACAACUCUGCCUCGCGGCGUUGUGCGUCAUGCGCGUCAGCCUGCUGCUCUGGAAGCAAGGGCGUAACAUACAAGGGCAGGGAAAGCGUUUUCUGGCUUCAAUUGCCAUGGUCGUCCCAAUAGUGGUGACCGGAAUGGCCACCUGGUGGUCCUUCGUUCUGGUCUAUGAUGCGACUCCAGACAACAGUAUGCUUCCCGCGAUUCCAUUCAUCGCGGUGCUUGUUAUUGAUGCAUACCUAUAUUUUCCGCCAACCGUGCAGGUGUCCGAUUUGGAACGGACUCCAGAGACGCUACCAGCAGUUUCAGAAGCCGGGGAGAUCUCUCCAUGCUCUCCAUGUUCCUCGAACACUGGCACCAUGUUCUCCCCGACAUGCUGGGACAAUGUCCUUCCCAGUGAACAGAAAGGCCAGGAGUGUCACGGCAGAGAGAGCUUCGCUGCAAGUGCUACUACUACGAUUCCCGUAUCCGUGGUCGCAUAG